GUUUUUUCUUCACCUAUUUUAACAGGUGGUAAAUUUAGAAACAAAGGAAGAUGCCUUUUUUCUUUCCAUCUUUUUGUUGAUGGGCCUGUGAGAUUUUUUCUCUUUUGGGGAGCUUUUUUCUUUGACUCUGUCACCAUUAAUGGUGACAUCCUGGCCUCUGUGAUUCUUGAAAAGCUGCUUUAGUUUGAUUGCCUAGUGAAGACAGAUUUCUAUUAAGAAAAGGACUCUGUUUCUGACUUGGGUUUUCCUGUUUUGGGAUCUGAAUUCUGGUUCUUUUGAGUCCUUGGGUCUUGAGUUUCAAUUUGAUUUGAAUUGUGAUUGAAGAAUUUGAGAAAAUUGGCAUUGAAGGUGAGAAAAAUUGGGUUUGGGUAUGAUUGUGUAUAGUCAAUUGUUUGAUAGAAACAUUGAUGGUGGGUUUAUUUAUUAAUGACAUUAGGUUUCAAUGAUCUAUUAGGCUGAUCAUUUGCUGUUUCUCAAUUUAUUUUUGAUUGUGUGAGAGUUUUCACUUCAAUCUCUAGAAUUAUACUCCAUAAUCCAUGCCAAUUCUUAUGUCAUGAUGAUUCUUUUGUUAGGAGGUGGAGUCUGUUGUUAGGAGGUGGAGUCUGGUGACUGGUUUUACUCUGUACCCUUACUGAAGAAUUUUGUUUUCAGUCCUAGGAGGGCUGAUAAAUUGUGGGUUGGGCGAGUACUCUAGUACUGAAAGUAAAACAUGCUUUUGUAGGGCCUCAGACCUGUGGCCCAGCUCUAAACUUUAACUACUUUACUGUGGCUGGCAUAUGUUGUAGUCAUUGCCCAGCUCUUUGGGAAUACCCCAUAAAAGGAAAAAGGAAAAAAAGCUUUGGAAGUGAUAUGGCAGAAGGUGUUAGUGAAGGUAACGUGGAGGAGAGAUUUGGUGUGAAAAUUGAAAGGCGCCCUUCACAGUCUCGCUUGUCUGAUCUUGACAUUCGCUCUUGGCCCAAGUGGGGUUGUCCUCCAGGCAAAUUUUCACUGAAAUUCGAUGCAGAGGAAACAUGUUAUCUUGUGAGGGGGAAAGUGAGAGCAUAUAUGAAGGGAUCCCAAGAAGAGUACGUAGAAUUUGGUGCAGGAGAUUUGGUUGUGAUACCCAAAGGGAUGAGCUGCACAUGGGACGUCUCAGUGGCUGUUGAUAAGCAUUACAAGUUUGAUUACUAAAAAUGACUUACAAGUGUGCAUUCCAGACUGACAUGUAAGGAGAGAGCUGUUUCAUGUUACUAAAAUUGGCCUAUUGUCGUGACAGAUGGUCCUUCCAUUGUCAUUUGUAUUUAUUGUAAUAUCUCAGCAUUUGAAUUUAACAAAAACAACUGUGCUCCUUAAGUUCUUGGAUUUGUUUGAUUACAAAAUCUAGAUUGUACUACCUAAGUAGCAUGGUGCAUGGGGUAGUCAAGCCAUAAAUAUGUAGUAACUAGUAUGGUCCAUGUGGUGGUUAUACCCUCACCAGAUUCUUAGGAGUUACAUCCAUUGUCUUUUUAAAAAAAUAAUUAUUUGGGUCAUUUUCUCAUUGCAUAGGAGCAACACCCAUUGGAUCAUUUUUUUAACUUGGGCACUUUUCAAUCUUUUGUUUAA